AUUAGAAAAUCAUUUAGGAAAGUUACAUGGCCGAAUGUCUUUAGCCUUAUGUGCCAGCCGAUCUUGUUGGAAUAUCUUGCUUUCGGAUUGUUUUUUUUAAUCUUUGUAAUGUUUUUUUUUAAAUACUAAUAAAAUUUCUUUGCGGUUAAAAAAAAAGUCAACAAACUCCCAAUAUUUAUAAAGCAACCACCGAAUUGAAGAACUAAAGCUAGAAAAAAGAUCAGGAAUAUGGGCGAAAGACACAUACCCAGAAAAUGGAGGCUUCUCAGCGGAGAAGACAACUGGAAGGGAUUAUUAGAUCCUCUAGACAUCGAUCUCCGUCGAUACUUAAUUCACUACGGAGAAAUGGCUCAAGCAACCGUCGACACCUUCAACACCGACAAAGUAUCGAAAUACGCGGGAAGUAGCCGGUACGCGAAGAAGGAUCUCUUCGCUAAGGUGUUUCUAGAGCAAGACAAUCCGUUCAAGUACCACGUGACCAAGUAUUUCUAUGCGACAUCCUCGGUCCCUCAGCCCGAUGCAUUUAUCUUCAAGUCCCUGUCGAGGGAGGCGUGGAGCAAGGAGUCCAACUGGAUGGGGUACGUAGCGGUGGCCACGGAGGAGGGGAAGGCGGCUCUGGGGAGGAGAGAUAUCGUGGUUGCUUGGAGAGGGACGAAAGAGGCCUUGGAAUGGGUAGAUGACUUCGAAUUUGUUUCGGUUCCGGCUUCGAAAAUACUUGGAGAGGAACAUGAUCCGAAGGUACAUCAGGGGUGGUACUCUAUCUACACUUCCAAUGAUCCAAGAUCACCAUUCAAUAGGUCUAGUGCCAGAGACCAGGUUAACGCUGAGAUCAAGAGGCUUGUGGAAGAAUACAAGGACGAAGACAUCAGCAUAACUGUUGUUGGGCACAGCUUGGGAGCAGCACUUGCAACCCUAAACGCAGUUGACAUAGUUGCCAAUGGACUGAACAUAUAUCAAGGUCAACCAAACAAGGCCUUUCCAGUAACAGCCUUUGUUUUUGCAAGCCCUAAAGUUGGAGAUUCUGGCUUCAAAAAGGUGUUCGACGGACUAAAUAAGCUUCCAAUCCUGCGCAUUCGUAAUGCCUUAGAUGUCGUCCCAGACUAUCCUUUUGUAGGUUACACAGAAGUAGGCGAAGAAUUGAAGAUUGACACGACGAAAUCCAAGUACUUGAAAAGUCCCGGGAACAUUCCGAGUUGGCAUAAUUUGGAGGCGUAUUUGCAUGGAGUCGCUGGAACACAAGGUUCGAAAGGAGGGUUUAAGUUGGAAGUUGAUCGCGAUGUUGCGCUUGUUAACAAGUCGCUGGAUGGUUUGAAAGAUGAGUACGGUGUACCCGAAUCGUGGUGGUGCGUGCAGAACAAGGGGAUGGUUCAAGAAGCGAAUGGGUUUUGGAAGUUGAUGGACCAUCAGAUAGAUCGUGAUUUCUGAAUAUUAGUAGACCAUGCAUCAUGUCUUGGAAGCAAACGAAGAAGACCCAUGAAAACAGGCUCAUUUGCAAUCGGUAGAAGAUUUUUGACAAAGAUUUGGCUGAUUCUUGAGCACUAGCUAUUUCUGUUGUGUUUUUUUGGGUUAUUUUCUUGUAUAUCUAGUACAGAGACUUGCUGGUUAUUGAUAGGUGUUCAUGAUUCUUUUCUGAGGUAGGUUCCCGUGUAUGGACAAGAACAAGGAUAUAGACACAAACAUGGGACACAGACAUGUGAAAUAUGUGGUGGGCUAUGUGAAGUUUGUACGGUGUGACUAUGUGAAUUGUCUAUGUGAAGUAUGUAUUUGCGUGUGUGGAGAGACUAUGUAAACCGUGGUGAGCUAUGUAAAGUGUGAACUAUAUAUUUGAAUUAUGAAAAUUGUGU